GGACCCUUCAUUUCGCUUCGACGUUGAGAAGACAGGAAAGAAAGUUUAGGACGAUGCUGCUGUAUUGAUAUUUUUUUCAAACAUGAAAAGUAAGUCACCUGAAACAUUCGUUUCACCAAAAACAAGAAGAUCUGGCAUAAGAAAAUCUCCACGUUUUUCAGAAUUUGAGAAUGUUAUAGAAAAGACUGAAGAUCCGAAAAACAAUGAAAAGGUUAGCAGCUACAAUAUUACGUCAAAUGAACCAAAUAAAAAAUUUUUACAUGACAACCCAUUCGAUAAUAACCCAUAUGCAACAGAAGAACCUAUUGAUAAAUGUACAGCAAAUUUCAACCAUGACAACAAAAUACAUCGCAAUAUCAAGGCUGAUAUUGAUAAAAUACCAUCGCCAAGACAAACAGUAAGGCGUAAAAUAUCAUUCGAUGGUUCAGAAAAUCUAGGAACAGUUCGAGAUAGUGAAUUGAUUUCAGAUGAAAUAAAUGAGGCAGAAAUACCAAGACGAAAAAAGUUACGCAGCGAAAUGACAGAUGAUGAAUUAUGGGAGGGGUUUCCACAAAAUAUUCGGUUUAAAAGACUUACACCACAAAAAUGUGCGCUUGGUAAAAUCACAGCUGAACAAAACGGAACCGCAACAACCAAUAAUGAAGCCGAUAGUAUAAAGAUAUCAGAAACGGUCGAUAAUAUUGUGAUCAAAUCGGGCCUAAAAACAUCAGCGACAGAAUGGUCACCAGUGAAAUCUAGAGCAAUUGUUAAUGUAUUUGCUGAUUUUCCUAAAGUGGUCCAUGAAAAUAACACGUGUUCUUUAAAGAAUCUUAACCUCAAUUCGAGUCCAAAACGACACUUCCCAUUUACUACACCCACUAAAAGAAGCGCCAGAUUACAAGAACGUCGAAAGAGUCCAUCAUUGCAGAACGACGAAGACUUUGCUUUGAAAUAUUUGACGAAAGACGACUUGUACAAUGGUAUUAAUCAAACAGAACAAAAAAACAAACUUUAUCCCAAAAAGCAGGUUCUAGAAGCUAAUAAUGAAGAUGCAAUUUUUAAUCCUGAUUUACAAAAUACAAACGAUAAUGAAGCAAUGAAAAUACUUUAUAGAGAUGUUAUUUCAAAGGAACACCAAGAAAAUAACUGUGAAAUCGAUACCAUGAAUAACAAAAUUGUUGAAUUUGAGACAGAGAGCGUUUUAUUACCUGAAAUAUUGCAGCAGUCUAAAGAGUACUGGAAUACGGAAAAAGAAAACAUUGGACAUAACUUAGAUACAUCUGUUAGCAGUAUUGACAGUAUUGAGGAAGUAAACAAUGAGGCAUAUCUAGAAACAGAAACAGAGACUAGUUUCUGUUUUCCACAAGACAAUAAUGAAAAUACAAACAGCAAAGCUGACGAUGACACGAAGUCUUCAAUAAACCCCCGACCAGUAAUAGUUGCUUCUUCACAUAUUUUACAAGACAAAUAUCCGGACAAAAAAGAAACGCUACAAAUUUCAGUACAGUCUUCGUGUGAAGCUGUAAGUACAGACAAUCCUGGUGUACCAUCGUGUGAGAGAUCUGCACUAAAAUUGAGAAUCAGGAAACUAAAUGACAGGGCUGAGGUUAUAUGUUCCGGUAACAAAGACGAUCAUGCAUAUGUACUGAAUACAACAAGGAACAAUAAAGGCAGGAACACAUCACAUAAAAAUGAAGCAAGGUCAAAACGGAAGAGGUUCUUAUAUAGCGAUGGAGAAUCAUCUGUGAAGAGAAGAAGUCAUAGAGUAGCCAAUGCUUCUACAGUUGGAAAAGGUCCCGGUAUGGCAGAAAUCGAAACACCAGAGGAAUUGGAAAGAACAAAGACUGAACAGUGUAGCCCGUUAACAAAACAAGAGAAAACGAAGAAAAAGAACGUUCCAGAAGAUGAACAAUUAUUGAAAAAUAAUCGAGUAGGAAAAUACGCAUGUAUACUGUGGUCCAGUGAACAUAGACGUCAUUUUCAGCAGCUUCACACUGGUUCGUCUACAGAAGAGGUUGACAAUUUGAUGCGUAAAGCUUGGGAAGAUCUUGAAGAUCGAGACAAAUUACGAUACUUCACAAGGGCCAAAAACGCCAUGAAAGAUGAAAAUAAACACUCAACUCAAACUGCAGCAGAAGAAGUGAAUGAAAGUUUGAAGUCGAAUCUUGUUCCUCAAGUCUCACUCUAA